UGACAGAAUCCUGCAUUUUCAAAGAAAGAGUCAAUGGGAGGGAAAUAAAUGCACCAAUUCUAGGUAGUGCCAUAAGCUGACAAAACUUUCUAACAACUUGCAAAGUAAACCGAAGAAAUCGGCAAAAGCUAUCUCUCAGUGAUCUCGACAGAUGCAUCUUGAUUCCUUUGGCCCUCAGCAAACCUUCGCCUUUUCUAAAUCAUGCAGCGAAUAGCACCAACCACAUAUACUGUCGACAGUAAAAGCAAGUGUAUUCUACAACUAUAAUAAGUUAUGACACUUGCAAGAAAUGUAGAGAAAAGUCAGACAUAUUAGCACAGAUACCCUUCCAGCCCCUCUCCCAUGGCUAAUAGUGAUUCAAAAUCCAAGCCUCUGAAUGAAGAAUCAAGAAUAAUCGCCGAGUAUAGAGAGUGUUGGCGGAACCAUGCCAUCUUGACUGGUGGCCAUGCUGUUGAUGGUUGUGGAGAGUUCACUCCAAAUGGAGAUCAAGGGACUAAAGAAGCUUUCAUCUGUGAAGCUUGUGGUUGCCAUAGAAACUUUCAUAGAAAACAGGUGAUCAUGAGGGAUGGUACCAUUCUUCUUGAUACUCAUCAUUCACCUCCUCCUCCAUAUGAACUAUAUGGAGCUCCAUACACCUCUGUCAGCGAUGAAGAGUCCCUGUAUAAUGGAAGCAGCUCUGAGAAGAAAAUGAAGGCAAGAAAAAGGCCUAAGAGAGGCACCGCAAUGCGCAACAAGAAAUGAGGUGAGGCCAUUUUCUUCACCCACCACAAUAAAUUAGACUUCUCUGGUCAGCUUCAAAGGUCGUAAUGUUACCCCACAUAUUGGAAGGUCAUAAGUCUCUCUAAUGAAGACUUCACUAUAAUUUCGUUAAAUAAUCAUGCAUUUGCCAAAAGAUGUUGAGCAGAUUGUAUGGAAUUCUUGUUU